AUCGAGAAUCACACAAACCGAAACGAAAUGCCAGCCCAGACCGAACAAAACACCGACGCUGCCAAGGCUCAGCCAUGGAAAGCCGUCUUCCCACAACGCGCCAGCGACCAAGAGCUUGAUAUCUCCGCCAACCCAGAUCAGAUCAAUCUUCAAAGGUCCUAUGGUACUCACGCACCAAAUUCCAAGGGCAAGCUCAUUCAGGUCAAAGUACCAGAGAAGUAGCUGCACCGGUCAUGCUACGCAGAAGAGCCCGGAGAUCUUAUCUCUGACAUUCUGAAUCGAGGUUCGGACGAAGGAACGGGAAUACAAGUCACUCACUUGACAAUAUAAGC